AUGGCCGACAGUAUCGAGGCGAUCGAGGCCGACCUGGCUGCACAAGGCAGCUGGGCUCGCACCGCAAAAGAUUUAUUUGCGGGCGCUGCUGGUGGUGUAGCGCAAGUGUUGUUAGGCCAGCCAUUUGACAUUGUCAAAGUAAGACUACAAACAUCCACAAAACAUCCUUCGGCAUUGUCAUGCGCAAGUUCUAUCCUCAAGAACGAAGGCCCAUUAGCGUUCUACAAGGGGACGCUUACUCCUCUGAUCGGUAUUGGCGCCUGUGUAUCUGUCCAGUUUGGAGCCUUUCACUACGCGCGCCGUGCCUUUGAGGAACGCAACCUCAAGGCCAACCGUCCUGCCGAGUUAUCGUUGGGCCAAUAUUAUCUUUCUGGUGCCUUUGCCGGUCUUACGAACUCUGUGCUGUCAGGGCCUAUCGAGCACGUCAGGAUUCGUCUGCAAACACAACCUCAUGGGGCGAACCGCCUAUACAGUGGACCUCUUGACUGCAUCAAAAAGCUUUCCGCGCAUGAAGGUGUUCUCCGGGGUCUCUACCGAGGCCAGGUCGUCACGCUGUACCGUGAGGCGCAAGCCUACGGUGUCUGGUUCCUGACGUUUGAAUACCUCAUGGCACAAGACAUGAAACGAAACAACGUCAAAAGAUCCGAUAUUUCAUCUGCCAAGGUCGCCUUCUAUGGAGGAUUGGCCGGAGAAGCACUAUGGAUCGCCAGUUAUCCUUUCGAUGUGGUCAAGAGUAAGAUGCAGAGCGAUGGGUUUGGCAAAGACCAGCAGUUCAAGACCAUGCGAGAUUGUUUCUCACAGACGUGGAAGGCUGAAGGCAUGAGAGGGUUCUGGAAAGGCAUCUUCCCCACCAUGUUCAGGGCUAUGCCUGUCAGCGCAGGGACAUUCGCUGUGUAA